AUGGAGCGUGUACGACCAAAAGACGAUCCAUGCAUCUUCUGCUUCAAAAUAGUGUCAUCUGAAAAAGAGAAAAGAUACGUUACAACAGAAAAUUACACACAAUUAGGUUUAACGGAGGAUGAAUUCAUCACAACACGAGGCAAAAUAAUUUGUUCUGCGUGUAGAAUGUCGAGAAUACUUCCGAAAUACAAGAAUAAGUGUCCCACAUUAAAUUGCACUACGCCGAGAAGAAAAAUUAAAUUACGUGAAUUGCAUUUAUCCGACAAAGAGGAACUCAUCAUUGAAGAAAAAUUUCAAGUGUCAAAGAACGAAAAUGUAUGCCGGGCCUGCUCGUACAAAAUAUACAAAUACAUUACGACUAGCUUGAAAGUAGAAAAUAACGAUUACAUUCCAAAAGCUAUAAGCCAAAUGGAUUCUGUGAUCUGUACCUACAAUAGAUAUCCAGCCUCGAGUAACAUCAACGUUCAACAACUAGAUGCCUCAACACCUCCACUCAGCAAUAACAUCAGUGAGAGAUAUCCAGCCUCGAGUAACAUCAACGUUCAACAACUAGAUGCCUCAACACCUCCACUCAGCAAUAACAUCAGUGAGAGAUAUACAGCCUCGAGUAACAUCAACGUUCAACAACUAGAUGCCUCAACACCUCCACUCAGCAAUAACAUCAGUGAGAGAUAUCCAGCCUCGAGUAACAUCAACGUUCAACACCUAGAUGCCUCAACACCUCCACUCAGCAAUAACAUCAGUGAGAGAUAUACAGCCUCGACUAACAUCAACGUUCAACAACUAGAUGCCUCAACACCUCCACUCAGCAAUAACAUCAGUGAGAGAUAUACAGCCUCGAGUAACAUCAACGUUCAACACCUAGAUGCAUCAACACCUCCACUCAGCAAUAACAUCAGUGAGAGAUAUCCAGCCUCGAGUAACAAGCUUAACCAUGGAGGAAGACCAAGGAAAAAGUUCAGCGAAGGAAGCGUAUCUACGAGACGUAGAAUAAAAUCAAAGGCAAAGAGUUUACUGAGUGAACUGGUUGGCAAGUAUGACGAAAUAUCGAAAGGGGAAGGACGGGAAUUAUUUGAAGAUGUUUGUGAUAAAGUACCAAUUAGUAGCACAACCGACAAAAAAUUGCUCGAAGUGGUUCAUGGUAUCGCAAAGGCUUACACAAAAGAACCGCCAGGACCCGCCGGAAAGACUAGAAUUUUAAGCACCGUUGCAAACGCCUUUUCUAACAAGGAACUUCAAGCCAAAUUUAACUGCACUGACUAUGAAAUCACACAAGCUCGUAGACAAGCCACUGAAUAUGGACCUGGGGUUACACCACCAAAGAAAAAUAAAUUUGUUACGAAAUACAGAAUUCCACUUGAAGACCUUGAGUUUGUCCUCAAUUUUAUUCACCAUCCAGAUAAUGCAGUUCCAUCUUCUCACAGGAUGGCUUCAUGUGACGGUAAAAACUCAUCUUGGAUUUCAGAUCUCGUUGGUGGAGGAAAACUACCCGUUCUGUGGUUGAAAGACGGAAAGCAUCACCUUUACGACAAAUACAAGGAAGAAUGUUGUAGGCGAGGUAGCAGACCAAUAAGUAGAACUAAAUUCUUGGAGGGAUUAAAUGCAGGUAAUUUCAAAGAAAUGGUAGAAAUGGCUGGCUUAUGCAACAUCUGUGACGAGGUGGGAGCGCGAAAUUUUGAAAGUUUGGACGCGCUGCUUUCCAGCUUAGACGAGGAGAUAAAAUUGCACAAGCCAAAACCAAGUUUGAUAGCAGAAACCCCCGAAGUUGACUGUGGCC